AUGAAUGAAAAUGGGGAAAAGCAAGAAAUUCAAUACGAUUAUCCGAUCCUAAACAAUGGUGACUUUACUGCAGUAAUUUUCGUUGAACAGCUGAAUAUACUGAAGUCGAUGAUAGAUAAUAAUAAUAAAAAAAACUGUUACAUUGUCAAAUUAAUCAGUUUUUUUUGGGGGGGAUGGGAUGAAAUAGAAAGGGACAGGACAGGUUGGGACGGGACGGGACAGGACGGGACGGGACGGGAUGGAACGGAACGGGACAAGACGAGUGAAAGGUCUGACAUCGAUGACAACGAAUAA